UUUGCAUUAAUCAUUGAUAUUCUUUUCCUUUUUCACGACUUCUGCACCUCACUUUCUUCAUUUUGUUACACCAACCACUUGUACUCCAACAACUCCAUUUCAUGUCAUUAUUUUUUGCAUUUCUCAAAAAUUAUGUGUGAAUGAGGGAAAUCUUUGAAUUCUCUUUUUUGAAAUAUGUGUAACCAAUUGCAGGUUGAAAACAAAAAGAUAAUUGACCCCUAAUAUUUGUGUAAUUAAAAUGUUGUAGUAAGUUAUGAAAAACUUUGACAUGAAUGAAAAAUAAGAUGUUUACGAAGGGUUUGUGUGUUUUAACCCAAACCCUAUAUUUGCUUUGUAAUUCAAACUCCAAAUCAGAUGUGGGAGGAUCAUUAUCGUCAUGUUCUUUUCUCUCAAAUAUUCUUCUGCUUGUUCCCGCCUUAACCGCUCAGUCUUUCGUUCCCACUCUUUACCCACUCAUUCUUCUGCAAAGAAAAGCACUUUCCCCCUUGAUUUUAAGUCCCCUGUUCAUCAAUACCUUCACAUUUCAUUAGAAAGAUGCUCCUCCAUGAGAGAGCUCAAGGUUCUCCAUGCCCAAAUUAUCCUCCAAGGACUGGUUUCUGAAAUUCUCACCCUUGGAAAAUUGGUCUCUUUUUGCUCUGUUUCUCAAGCUGGGGAUCUUCACUAUGCCCAGCUUGUUUUUGAUCACCUUCUCCAGCCCAAUAAGUUUAUGUUCAAUUGCUUGAUAAGGGGAUACUCCGUUUCUCAACACCCAAUCAAUGCUAUUUUUCUCUACUUUAAAAUGCUGCGAUCUGGGUUUUUACCCAAUCAAUUUACUCUCCCUUUUGUGCUCAAGGCUUGUGCUUCUCAGCUUGCGUAUUGGGAAGCUUUAUCUGUUCACUGCCAUGCUAUUCGAUUGGGGAUUUUGUCUCAUGUAUGCGUACAGAAUGCUCUGAUCAAUGUUUAUGCGGUUUUUGGCUUUGUUCAAUGUGCACGCCAACUGUUUGAUGAAAUGUCUAAUAGAACUCUGGUGUCCUGGAAUUCGAUGAUUGGUGGGUACUCUAGGAAUGGGCUUUGUAAGGAAGCUUUUUUGUUGUUUCAAGAGAUGAGAGAGUCUGGAUUUCAGCCGGAUCAGUUCACAUUGGUUCAUCUACUUUCCAUUUGUUCAAGAAGUUUUAGCUUAGAUAUAGGUAAAUGUGUGCAUCACUAUGUAGAGAUUACUGGGAUUGAGGUUGAUCAAAUUUUAAGAAAUGCACUGUUGGAUAUGUAUGCCAAAUGUGGGGAUUUGCUUUUCGCUCGGACAAUCUUCGAUAGAAUGAUUGACAAAAAUGUUGUCUCUCGUACUUCCAUGAUUAGUGCAUAUUCAAACCAUGGACUUCUUCGCCUUGCUCGUGAGGUAUUUGAUCAAAUUCCGGAGAAGAAUGUGAUCUCUUGGAACUCGAUGAUCUCGUGUUAUGUCCAAGAAGGUCGAUGCAAGGAAGCAUUGCUUCUUUUUCAACAGAUGUGUGAGACCACUACCAUGCCUGAUGAGGCUACUCUAGUUAGUGUUCUUUCAGCCUGCAGUCAAAUUGGUGAUUUAGCCAUUGGAGAGAAAACACAUUGUUACAUGUGCAGACACAAUAUCAUGAUUACUGUCACUCUUUUGAACGCCCUCAUUGACAUGUAUGCGAAAUGCGGUGCCCUUGAAACCGCCAUGGAUUUCUUCUUUGAGUUUAAAGAUAAGAAUUUAGUUUCCUGGAAUGUCAUUAUCCAGGCACUUGCAUUACAUGGCCAUGGACUGCAUGCACUAAAACUAUUCAAUAUGAUGCAUACUUCGGGGAUUUGGCCCGACAAAAUUACAUUCACGGGACUGCUAUCUGCUUGUAGCCAUAGUGGACUUGUCAACAUGGGACGAUAUUUAUUUGAGAGAAUGAGUUCCAUUUACGGUAUCUUUCCUGAAAUCGAGCAUUAUGCAUGCAUGGUGGAUUUGCUAGGAAGAGGAGGGAUGUUGCAGGAAGCAAUAAAACUCAUUGGAGGAAUGCCAAUGAAGCCUGAUGUUGUUGUAUGGGGCGCUUUGCUUGGUGCUUGUAGGACUUAUGGAAACGUAGACAUUGCGAAUCAAAUCUUGAAACAUGUACUGGAGUUGGAGACAUGUAAUUCUGGGCUCUACGUUCUUCUAUCGAACAUAUAUUUCGAAGCAAAGAGAUGGGUAGAAGCAAAAAAUGUAAGAAAACUGAUGAGUGGCCAUGGAAUCAUCAAGUGUAAAGCUGUUAGCUUCAUUGAGAUUGAUGGGUGUAUAAUAGAGUUCAUGGUUGAUGACAAGAGACAUGAAACAAACGGUAUAUAUUCCAUGCUGGAUCAGUUAACAGAUCAUUUGAAGUCUGUUGGGUAUUUCUCUAAUAACUCAGUUUCCUUUCUGGAUUUAGGAGGCUAAUGUUACCAAUAUCUCUUGGGGGGUGUUUGGCCCACCGACCUCAGAAGUUGAUGUUAAAUAAUUUAACUCCACCAACUUCAAUAGUGUUUAUUAUUUAAGUUCACAUAUUUAUCGGGGAACUUUAUCUUCCCCUCUUUCUUUAUUUUGUACGUUUAUCGAAGAACUCCAUUUUCACAAUUCUGCACCUCAAAUACAUACUUCCUAAAUUCAACAUAUUAACUUUAGACUUCAGAACUCAACCCAACUCAACGUCGCUCACCCCUUCAUGUUGUAUUAUAUAUGCUCACUGUAUAUGAAGAGAGAGAAGACUAACUAUUCAGCCUUGCAUUUUGGUCAUGCGUUGGGUCUUGUGAGCUCAAUUAUGCUCAGUCCAAUCCGAGGUUGAUGGCUGAGUAAAAGCCAAGAGAAGUCCAAGUAGAUGGCGCUGCAGCAUCGAAGGAAGGAGCUGCUCGCUAGCACAAAGUUCUAGUAAGUGUUGCACAAAAGAAGCUUACAAGGUAGAUGCAAGCGUUGUAGCACAUGGAUAGCCUCUAUCUUCGACCUUCUACGUAGCAAUUUUCUUCAUCCAAGAAAGUAGCAGUUUGAAGCCUUCUUGAGGGGAGGAAAAGAGGGCAUUUCAAACUAUUGUAUUUGUGAGUAAACUUGUAGCAAUUAUUGGACUUUAGAUUGAAAUGAAAUAAUGUGAUUGUUCGUUUUGUA